GUUCUAGCCAAGGUUCUCCAGGUGGUUCCCUGAGUGCAGGAGCAAUUGCUGGAAUAGUGAUCGGAUCACUUGCUGGAGUGGCUCUCAUUGCAGUUGCUGUGUUCUUUAUUGUGAAAUCUACAAAAAAAAAGCAAAGGAAUGAGAACUCAAGAAGUGCCCAGAUGCCCAUGUCAGCAGGGGUAGCAGACAAGAACAAAGAGGACGAGGAAUACGUUAAAUACGCGGAUCUCAGGUUUAAGAAUGCAAAUCCUGCCAACAAGGCACCUGUUCAGCAAGCUGGCGAGACAGAGUACAGCACCGUGAAAAAAUAA